AUGGACGACGCAAAAAGGAGAGCUUUGAUCAAAUCCCAAGCCGUCAAGAAAAGGGAAUCCGGCGAAGUGGUACCUAAGGUGCCGGCUUCAGCCCCUAAGAGGAAACCGACAUCAAAAUCGGACCGUCCAUUUAAGCAACCAAAGGUCUCUCUUGAACCUGUGGUUGGUUUAAUGGCAGAGGGUAACAAGACCGUCACCCCAGCGAAGCAGGGGAAGGGUAAAGGACUGAUGACGGCCCCAGACAGUAAGCAAGAGAGACCUCCUUCCCUUCUCCGUGAUGACUCCAAGUAUGCUUUGGAGAAGCUGUCGUCCAUUAUCACGGCAGAAGACUAUGAAGAUCUGGGAAACCAUUCGACGGAGGCCAUGGGGGAGACGGGCCUCUUUGCCGUCGCUCAGUCCUUGGUCAUGAUGAAGGGACUACUGGACCGGUGCCUCAACCGUGAGAGUACCUUGGACCGGGUGCGCGCGAAGGCGGAGCAGACGGAGGAAGAGCUCGGACAACUUCAUAAAUGGAGGUCCAAGAUGGAGAAGAAGCUGGAGCUUUCUGAGAAGGCGAGGAAGGAUUUGGAGGAGAAGACGGCCUCUGCGCUGACGACCAUAGAGAAAAAAGAGGCGGAGAUCAAAGAACUCAAGGAAGAGAUCCGUCAUGCGAAAGAGGUAGCCGUCGAGGAGUACCGAUGCUCGGAGUCCUGUUUGGGCGAGCUGUCGGAUUCCUUCCUUCAAGGCUUCGAUGAUUCUCUCCGUCAAGUCAAGAAGGCCUAUCCAGAGCUGGAUCUGUCAAUGGUCAAACUUGAGGACCAAGCCCAGACUUCUGCCCUCCCCGUCGCCUCCGAAAAUACGGAGGACCUCUUUGGCGACGGUGCUGCUCAAGGAGACGGAGAGUCCGUCCCGUCGAAGGAAGUCCAAGUUGCUGAACAGAAGGAAGACUGACGUCUAUGUAAUUCAUUUAGAGGACAAU